CAAACUGCCGAGUGUGGGUGUUAAGGUGCAGUUGGCCUUCUAGAGGGGCGGCCAAAGAGUGCCCAAUUGGAAGUGGAAAGGAAAGCAGAGAGAGAGCGUGAGAGAGAGUUAGGAAGUUGGGAGUUUUUGUGAUUGAGAGAAUGAGGGAGUUGGGGAGGAAACAGGGGACGGUGUCGCCCUGCGCCGCGUGCAAGCUGCUACGGCGACGGUGUGCGCAGGACUGCAUCUUCGCGCCGUACUUCCCGGCCGACGAGCCGCAGAAGUUUGCCAACGUGCACAAGGUCUUUGGAGCUAGCAAUGUCAGCAAGCUCCUGCAGGAGCUGCCGGCGCACCACCGGAGCGACGCCGUGAGCAGCUUGGUUUAUGAAGCAAAUGCUCGUGUCCGAGAUCCAGUUUACGGAUGUGUUGGAGCCAUCUCCUCCCUCCAGCGCCAGAUCGAGGCCCUCCAGACCCAAUUGGCCAUUGCACAGGCUGAGAUGGUCCACCUCCGAACGCGCCACGCCGCCUACCUCGCCCACCUCAGCUCCCGGAGUCCCAUGGUGGUGGGGAUGACGAGCACCGGUGCCGGCACCGCCUCCUCGUCCAUGUCGUUGCCCAAGCAGCAACUGAUGAAGCCUGACCAACAUGGACCCAAGCCUCUUUUCGCCCUUGACAUGGUCAUGGUCGACCAGACCAGCUUGGGCGAACCACCGAUAUGGUCUUGCUAGUCUGACCAUCUCAUUUCAUUGUUUUUUUUUCCCCUUUGCUUCUGCUUCUGGGAGAGUAUCUAAGUCAAAUUAUCAGCAAAAAUAUGCAAGUAUUUUGUCCAUGGAGGCCAUAUACUGUCUUACAUGAAGCCAUAUAUAUAUUAUAUUAUCCUCGGUAUUGUUCAAUAGGUACCAUAAUAUUUUACUUGGAAAGUUUAAUUAUGCAAGGCUUUUGUUGGGUCCAAAGUGGUCCUUUUUAUCUAUAAGCAUGAGUUUGUCAAUGAUACCCAUCACAUGAGCCAUGAAGCAGAAUUUGUUGACUCUUGAGCUGUAGAGUAGAAUCUAGUAGCCCCAAAGGAAUUGAACACCCCAGGUGAUGAGAUGGGCUGCUGCAUUUGGCAGCCUUUUCCAUGGCGCAUGUGUUCGAGUGCCACCUGCAUACCAGGAUGACAAACUGUAUCAGUUGGAUGCCAGGAAAACUUAAAGAGUCAGUAGAUUGAAAGAACAAUGUAAUUUCUUAAUAGUUUGUCUUUCCUUUUUUUCCCUGUCUCUUAAAGGUGCAACCAAAGAAGAGAAAAUUAAGAACUUAUUUAACGAAUAAGGAUUGCCUCCUAUCUUCCUUCCCCAAUCUGUCAAUAAAUAAGCAAAGUUCGCCAACAACCAAACUCAUCAUUGAGGAAGAAAAAAAAGAGCAGAAAAAAAAUUGUCCAAAGUACCUGAUUAUUUGUUUUAAGGCAAUACUUACUUGCUAUUCCCUUAACAUGCGCAAAUUCAUAAGUAUCCAAUGAGCCGGUCGAGCUCAAUUUAGCCAACACCUACACAAGCUUCCACAAUAUAUAAACGUGGAGUCCCAAACAACUUCACAGUUGGAAUCUUGAUUCACACCUUCUUGCCUUUCCAGAAAUAAAAUCUGCACCCAAAAAUCAGAUCCCCUCCAUUUUUGGGUUGAAACUACUCUGACAGAUUCCUCAAUCCAGCAGCAUCAAAUUUUUAUGGGAUUCACAUGCAGUGACUACCUUCCAUCAGCAACAAUUUUGACAUUUCAUGAAUCAAACAUUCAACACCCGCUAAUAUAUGAUACCAAAGAUCUCCCAAUCUCUUGCAUAAUUCGAAAAACUAAAAUAUUAUCUGCACAGCUGCAUUUCAGAACGUACAUUCUCUACUGCAUAGCACAACCCCAAUUUAUUAAGAUUCAACAUGGAUAGACUACUUGAAACUAGAUGAUCAAGUAGUGAGAGAUCAGCAUCAGGCUCUAUUAUAGAUAUAAUGACGACUGGAAGAGAAUGGAGGAGAAAAAUAAUAAACAAAAAUAGCACCAAUGAUUUGGUGAGACAAUAGGAAAUAUUUAUAAUAACCGAAAACGCAGCAGAUCGAAAUCUUACAACAGCUACGAGCAUCCGUCAACCUAUAGGCCUUUCUUUUACUAUUUUAGCACUCUUGACUGUUGAUGGUUCUGAUUGUUUUGUGCUUCACAUCUGAAGUUGCAAAACUGUACAAAACUUUCAGUUGUGGUCACGUCAGAUGUUCGUUAUAGUAA